UAAGUAGAGAGAGAGAGAGAGUAAACGUUUGCUUCUCGCAUUAUACAAUGCCCUAAUUCUCAUCAUCAUCAUGCGUGCAAGCCAUUUUUCAUUUCCUUUAACGAUUCUCAUUCUUACUCUCUUCAAGCUUCUUCUUUCUUCUUUCUUAAUUAUUUUCUCCUUUAUUCCCGGAAAAUUAUCUCUGUUGUUGUUCUCUCUGAUAAGCCCGACCAAGUCUAUCCUCUUUCUCACUAAUCAUUUCCCUUACAACUUCUUUCAUUAAUCUCCCUUUAAAACCAAACCUUUUGUUUCAGUUUACAGAUUCUUCAAUCUCUCUACGUUCAUUUCCAUGUUAAAGAACUUUUCUAUUCAUAUUUUCAGAUAAUUAUUUGAGUUCCAAGAGAAAGAAGAUGGGAAACCAAACAAGCAAGAAGUCACGUGAUACAUCGUCUAAGACCACCACAACGACGAGCAUGCACUACACAACUGAGCUGAGAUCGUACGAGGCUGCUUGUAAAGCAGACACGGAGCUACAGUCUUUCGACACGUGCAUGCAGGCACGGACAAGUCACGUGAUAAGCACGCUAGCCACGGGUGUUGAGGUUCGAGCGCUCUCGUUCGAUUCCCUCAAAGAAGUCACCGAGUGUUUGCUUGAGAUGAAUCAAGAAGUGGUGAAAGUGAUUUUGGAUUGUAAGAAAGAUAUAUGGAAGAAUCAAGAACUGUUUGAGCUCGUUGAAGAUUACUUUGAGAAUAGCUUGAAGACUCUUGACUUCUGUGCUGCUUUGGAGAAAGGUUUGAGAAAGGCACGUGAUAGUCAGCUUUUGAUUCUUGUUGCUCUUCAGCAGUUUGAAGACGAGAGCCUCGCUGAAGGUGGGAAUGGAUUCGAGAAGACACUUGAAGAGCUGAAGAAUUUCAAAGAGGCAGAGUCUCCUUUCAAUGAAGACUUCUUCAAGCUGUUCCAAUCUGUCUACAAACACCAGAUGCUGAUGCUUGAGAAGCUGCAAAAUCGCAAGAACAAGCUUGACAAGAAGCUCAAAUCCAUCCACACAUGGAGAAAACUCUCCAACAUCAUCUUCGUGGCUACAUUCGCCACUGUACUCAUCUGCUCAGUCGUGGCUGCGGCCAUGGCGGCUCCUCCCGUGGCUGCGGCUCUGGCUGCAGCUACAGCUAUACCGCUGGGAUCAAUGGGGAAAUGGGUUGAUUCCCUGUGGAAAAACUAUGAGAAUGCACUCAAGGGACAGAAAGAGGUGAUCAGCUCCAUGCAGGCAGGGACGUAUGUGGCGGUUAAGGACUUGGAUAACAUCAGGGUUCUGAUUGAACGGUUGGAGAUUGAGAUCAAGGGGAUGGUGAUGUGUGCGGAGUUCGCUGUGGAGCAUGAAGCAGUGAAGAUUGGGAUUGAUGAGAUUAAGAAGAAGCUGGAGGUGUUUAAGAAGAAUGUGGAGGAGUUGGGGGUUCAAGCUGAUUUGUGUAGCAGAGAUAUCAGAAGGGCAAGGACUGUGAUACUGCAGAGGAUCAUCAAGCAUCCCAACCAUGCUAGUAGCAGCACCUGAAAACACACAAGCAAACACAAAAGGAACUCGGUUGUUCUCUUCAGCUUGGUGCUGCAAAUAAUGAUAUGUUUGAAGACUCUCUAUAAAGAAUAGUACAGAUUCUUUCUUGAGUUUAUUCUCAAUGUUUAAUAACUCAACUGCUGCAUUUCUGUAUUCUUUGAUUAUUGAAAACAAUGAAAAUAUAAGUAUUCUUUUCA